AUGAUUUCUACAUCGCUCAUCGCCCUGGCGGCGGCGUCGUUGGUCUCGGCCGCUACACCACCGGGCUUCCAGCCUGCGGGACAAGGCGCGCUCAUCAUCUCCUACGGCGGCAUCGCGGCCAUGAACGGCGCAAUCUGCCAAAAAGAGUGUGCGUAUCUCCGCCACUCCGACGAAAACUCGACCGAUGCUAACAAGCAGCAACGGCCAAAGUGCCGCUCCAUCGCGACAGAGCAGUCCGCUCCAGGGCACGUACGCCAUCAUGAUGAUCGACAAUGGACAUACGACGAGCGCGCCUCCGCAGACAACCCACUGCUGCACCUGGCGCAGACGGGCUUCCACUCGUCGCCGACGCCCAUGGUGCUCAACUCGACGGCGGGGCCCAAGACGGUCUACGUCAUGCAGAACCUCGCGCAGCAGCCGCCGCUCGCCGAGUACAUCGGGCCCAACCCGCCGGCGCGGGCGCCCCUCGCACACCGCUACGCCUUUGUCGCCGUCGACCACACGCAGAUCACGCAGCAGGGGCUCAGCGCGCUGUCGCAGGCCACGAGCGAGAGGCGCGGGUUCGACGCCGUGCAGGCGCUCACGGCGGCGGGGCUGCAGAUGAACGCCGUGGCGGGGGACUACUUUAUCGUGCGCAAUACGGGACCCAUUCGCGACGGCAGCGGCAACGGCACGGUGGGCGGCGGGCAGCAGCAGCAGCAGCAGCGCCACCGGCGCAGCCUGGGGGUGGUCUCGGCCAGGGACAGCCGGCGCCGGGACAGCCGGGGCUCGGUCAGCAGCAGCCGGUACAGGGAGGUGGGGGCACGCAGAACGGAAACCGACCGGUCGCGGGAUCAGCGACGUACGGGGCUCCGGGCCGGAUGGGCGUCAUGGGCUUGA